AGCAUCUCUAAUCGUCAAUCCGUCUUUGCUUCUAUCCUACCAUUGCAAUCCUAGAAUGCAAACUCAAAACAACCACCUGCUCCACGCCGGAAAACUCGGGUGCUCUCGGAUUUUCCGAAUUUUCUCAAUUGCGCUACAGGACCCAUUGAUGAUCCUUUUCCUCUCCGCCUCAGAGCGAGAGAGAUUGCGAAAGAAACUGAGAGUUAUCCUUUAACCAACUUUCGAUGAUGAUAAUGACGAUGACUGCCACCCACACCACUGACUGACUGGGGGGCCGCGUGUACCGAACCAGCUGGUCGGACCUGUGGAUAGCAAGCAGCUUGGAGAAGGCCUAUACUCCAUGGUACGGAACGGAACGGACUCCUCCGCAGGUUGCAACCGACACUGGCUCCGGCAGUUUAUUUCGGUACUUCGGGCGAAUCUGGUGCUUCGAAGCAGCAGCUCUCGGGUGCGCGCGUGGAGGACUAACGUGGUGGAGUGAUCGGUUCAAGGUGCACGCAAUAACGCAACUGUCGCGAUUUGCGAGGACGACGACGACGAAGACGACGGAAGGUGCUAGUCGGUGAACGUGACUGACAGACAACGGCGCGUGAUUAUAAAUAGAUUAAUCUGAGGAAAGCACCCUACCUAUUUAGAUGGACCAUCAGUUCGGAGAUUUCGGUGCGCUCAACCAGCAGAUAACAAGCAGCACACUAUCCAAGAUUUAUGGUGAUUAACUGGUCCGCCUGGAUGUCGUGACGGAUAACGAUUAGCGACCGCCGUGCGGCGUUCUUUCUAUACCUACUAGGUACUAGGAAGCAAGACUAUUAGGCAGGCCCACUCACGCCCCACCCCUCCCCAGGUGCACUGUUUGUGAAGAGAUACAUAAUUUACUAGUCUGACAACGACAGACCACGGACGGUGGGUUCGGUAGAAGUGGUGGUUGAUAUUGAGUGGCUGUGCGGUGUGUGUACCCAAUCAAGUGAAAAUUAAGGAAAAACGAGGCAACUUCGAAAUUGGAUUAUCUCACAUGUGAUCUAACCGUAACAUCAGCCAACAAAGGGGGCGAAAUGCAGCCGUUGCUGCAGCCUCAGAAACAGCAGUCAGUAAUGGUUCCAGCAGUACCGUUGAGGCCCUCCUCGCCAUCCUCACAUGUUGAAGUUGUUGAAGAGUAUACGUGUAGUGUGUUCACAAGGGAAUAGAGCUAGUGGAUGCUGCAUGCCGACCCUAGCCAGCGUGCGAAGCGCUGAUGCUGUGAAGUGUUUGGUGAUGUUGUUUAUUGAAUACAUAUAGUGGUUGAAACCAGAAGCAGUGGCAGAAGCCUUCCGUACCGGCAGGCAGCCGCAAAGGCAGCAGUCGUCAGCCUCAUCCGCAGAGUCAUCAGAAAGAAGUGUGGGAAAAUAAGUUCAGUGAAAAGUGAAAUCAAAUUUCCACUGCCUGCUCUGCCGCGCCGAGAGGAAUAGUGACCGGCAAGAGAUGGAAUCAGUUGGAAGCUAGAAUCUUAAGCCCCGGAGCAAUAGCAAUACAUAGUUUGUGUGCUUGUUUGUUUUUAUGUUCUUUUUUCCUGGUUUCAUCGACCAUGGUUUGGUUUUUCACGAUGUGCUGAUUUUCAAUAGGAAAGAAGUGAAUUGAGCUCAUUGGGAGACGUGAUUGAGUGGAGGUGAAAUGGCUUUCCCAGCCAGUUGCGGGCAAUGUACGGAUUGCGGCGAUCGGCGGAUUCGCUUCGACUGUAGUGUUUGUUAUCUUUGAUUUAGCAAAGUGUAGAGAGCAAAAAGUGUUCAAUCAGUUGUCCCUCUAUUCGCUCUGUUGUGUCAACGAGCAAAAGAAGUUGCUAACAUAUCGGUGGUAAGCAGUAGAACGACGGAAGCAUACCAAGCACAACGUAGGAAACUAUGUUGGCCUUACAUCACAUGACACCGGGAGAAGUGUCGCAAAUAACGAAUUUGCACACGCUCAUCCUGGAAAUCAACAGCGAAGUGGCACUGUUUAGGGAUCUUCUAAUACACGUCGGUCAGGCGCGAGACUGUCCGGAGCUGCGGGAAAAGAUACGGAAACUGCGGCGAUCGUGCGUGGAAGCAUGCAAACACACGGCCGCCCUGAUACUGCCGCAGAUCCGACAAGCCCUCGCCGAAGGAAUUUUGGCGGACAACCCCCACCUGGUACUGCUCUUCUACCUGUCCCAGCUGUUUCUACGAGAACUGAUCAAAAGCCACCGGCUGGUGCAGGUCAUUCCUAUGGAUAUGUCCGGAUAUUAUGAAAACCGAGCCGGGCCGUCCAAUCUGGGGAACGUGAUAAGUCAGAUAUUGCUGUGUAAGCAAAUUACCCCCGACUUCAACCAGGAAGAGCUGUGCAGUAUAACGAAGGACUCGCAGGAGAUUGCCCGGAUAUUGCAGGACCUGCAGGAGUUCAUGCCACAACAGGAGACAUAUUUAGAGCGCACGAUUGCCCUAACGGCCGAAAUCAACGGACCAUGGCCAGCGAAACGCCGACGAGGAUCCCUCUACAAAAACAUGGGCCUUCUGUGCUGUGUCUCGCGACCCAACUAUCUAUGAAUAUAGGUGGUUGCAGUUUUCAGCAAUCACUUCCAACACCGGCGGCAACGACGACUAGCAGUCGCCACCUAGCUCCAGGCGAGGUCACCACAACGGCUCCCUUAACCAUUCCCAACAACCUUAUCAGAUGGAUGACACCGUUGUUGUCGUCGCCAUCGUAGUGCGACUCACAAAAACCACAAGCAUCAUACCAAUAGACAGAUAGUAGCGAGACAGAAAGAGAGAACCACCAAAUUCCAGUACCUUUAGAUAAGUUUAUUUUUCUAUGUGUGUUAUUUCUAUAUCGUAGUCUAGCGAGAACGAACAGGAGAUGCCCAUCACCACCAUCAGCACCACAACCAAAUUGGGAAGCGAAAAGGUGCAUCUCGGCUGCAAAGCUUCCACACAGAGGCAUCAUCUAUAUUGAUCCACGAAGCUGAAACGUGUAAUCGGAAAGUAAAAGCAUGGUUGGUUUAAUUGAGGGUACUGGACUGACCGGAUCGACCAUCAUCAUCGUUCUUCUUCAUUUUUGUGCAACCGCUCGGUCUCUUCUUCGGACAAAAAAUAGACUGCCAUGCCGGUUGAAAAUCGAUGACGGUCGUGAUCCUGAUGAUGCAGUCCAGGAUUCGAACGAACGGACCGACAUGUCAAGGGGAUUAAAGGCAAUUGGUUCCGAAAUUGGAUCGGAUUAGCGAGUGGGAUAAUGGGGCAAAAAGAGGUCACUCGGUGGUAGGUAUUUAUAUCGGCUGCGGUAGACUCUGUUGCACGACGGUGCAUAAAGCAACCGAAUGAAGAGUUUUGGUCCAGGGAAGCUGCCAAGUGGCAAUCAGUUUUUCAGACAAUAGCAAGGCUUGGUUGGAAAUUGUCGUAUGAAUUCAUUUUUUUUUUAUAUUUAGAUCAGGUUUAGGAACGCCAGCCUAUGCGUAUUUCAACUAAACCAACAACCAUGCGUCCCCAUAUGGGAAAUUAAACACUUCUGCAAACUCUUAAUUAUAGGGUAUUGUUUCCCAUUUUCAUCCCAUUUAAAAUAGAGAAAAAAAAGUGCUUUUUGGAUAUUUUUGUAAUAUUUGUUAGAAGUGAACACGUACAGGAAUUUGAUUCAGCUAUUUCGAAAUAUGCUUUUGAUUUGGAUUGGUUCACAUUCUCCUUUGCUAUCCCUUUGAAAUUCCAUAUCAAUUCCUAGUAGAACUCCAAAAGAAAUCUGUUUGAUUUUUAUGUAUUUAUUUUCGUUUUUUUUUAUUUAUCAUGAAUUUUUUUUCUGAAAUUAAAAAAAAAAUAAAAAUUUGGUAUUCUAAGUUUUUUGUACUUCACAAGAUUUGAGACUCGAUUUGCCAUAUCUCGAUGAUCUUGGAAUUCCUUAAAACUACACCAGAAAUAUUUUAUUUAAUUUCUUCAGAAAGUCAAUUCAAAAUACUCUCACAUAGUAAUUCGGUAUUAUUAAUGAUCCACUGAUGUUUUGUUUCAUGGUGUUCGCCCAAAAGAACUGUUAUUGAUUUUGAGAAUAAUGUAUAAACCUCAAUGCAAAAACUUUAAGAAGUAUUUUUAACAUAAGCUUAGUUCCGAGACUGACUUCAGAGGUUCUAGAAGUACCUCUAGAUCAGGGAUGCCAUAUAUACAGAUUUAUCUGUAUUAUACAGAUUUUUGAGCAACCGUUCAGAUUUCGUUUUAUAUGAAAUACAGAUUUUUAAGCUUGAGGGGCCAUUUUAUGUUUGUAUGGGAUACAGAUUUUUCGCCAAAAUUUUGUAUGGAAUACAGAUUUUUAGAAAGAGUGACGCAGAUUUUUCAAAAAAAUCAUCUGGCAUCCCUGCUAUAGAUACAUCCCAGUAUUCUACGAAAACAAAACAGUUUUGAAACCUCUGUUAACCUGUCUUAACCCUUUGGCCGACAGGGUACCCGGGUACCCAGCGCCCAUUUAAAAAGCACGGUGCAGAAAAAAUGCAAAAAGUUUGUUGGACACAUAACGGUGUACAGGGAUGUGGAUUCUUAAAGCAAAUCAAAGAAAAUUACCAAAAGUUUCCUAAUUCGAUAUAAAUACCGUCACGAAAAAGCCUUUGUUCACUGGAAUUGGAUCUUUGGUAAAGCAUGUACAAAUUAUUUGGAGUUCAUCGAUUUUUCAUUAAAACUACAAGUUUAUGAAAAUUGACCCGUACUCACCCCUUCGAGGGGGUGAGAAUGGGUCAAGGGAACCGAAAUUGUGCCACACUGACAACAAAGAAAGUUAAUAAAGUCCUGAUCAAGAUAGGUACUACUAACCAAUAGUAUAUUAUAUGAUGGCUAUGAGCUUGAGAUUUUAAACAGUAUCAAUCCACCUAAAAGUGUGAUGUUUCAUCGCGCUUUAAAAGUGGCAUUUUAAAAAGGCCUUAUAUUCAUGCUUUUUUCGAUGAUUUAUCAAAAAUUAACUAAUGAUUUAUCAAAAAUUA